UCAUAAAGACAUCGACGUGUGCACAUCAUAAUGAAAUAUUUAGUGCUUUUAUUGGCUGUGGGACUGGCUACGGCUAUUGAUCUUAAAGGAGUUAAGAAGACAAGACAUAUAUACAAACGUCAAGCAGGAGGAUGUCUUUAUGAAGGGCAGACAUAUCAACAGGGACAAUCAUGGACUGUUCCUUGCAAAUACAACUGUCAAUGUACCGAUGGAUCAACAGGUCACUACACUUGCAAAGAUGUGUGCCCUUCAUACGGAACCUUACCACAAGGUUGUCAAUUAGUGAAAGAAGCAAACGGAUGUUGUAGUAAACCACAAUGUUCUUUUACGCCCUCUGGUGGAGCAACCGGUGGCAGUGGCAGUGGCAGUGGCAGUGGCGAUGGCGGUUUCCAUCUGGGAUUUGGCACUGGCAGUCAAACUCCAGUCAUGUCCGGUGGUUCAGGAGGAUGUGUGGACAAAUUAAAGACUUGUAAGGACUAUGGUGAUGCUGUGUGUACAGACCCUACAUACACCUCGUGGGUAACUGAUAACUGUGCAUUGUUCUGUGGAAAAUGUGGUGGUAUGACCUCAGGAGGUGGUGGAGUUUCAGGAGGUGGUGGAGUUUCAGGAGGUGGUAUGGUGUCAGGAGGUGGUGGAGUUUCAGGAGGUGGUAUGGUGUCAGGAGGUGGUAUGGUUUCUGGAGGAAGUGGUGUAACAUGUGUUGACAAACAGUCAAACUGUGCCGCUUAUGCACAAGGUGGAACAUGUACAGAUCCUAAAUAUUCAGGAUGGGUCAAGGACAAUUGUGCAAGAACCUGUCUAUGUUCAGGAGGAACAGUUUAUACAGGAAGGCCUAUGAUAGGAACAGGAACCGGAACAGGCACAGGAAUGACAGGAACCGGAACAGGAAUGACAGGAACCGGAACAGGAGGGCCAGGUACGGGAACAGGAGGGCCAGGUACGGGAACAGGAGGGCCAGGUACGGGAACAGGAGGGCUAGGUCCUGGAAUGACAGGAACAGGAGGGCUAGGUCCUGGAAUGACAGGAACAGGUACCGGAACAGGUACAGGUACUGGAAUGACAGGAACAGGUACCGGAACUGGUACAGGAACAGGAGGCACCAUUAUUUCUGGAUCGUACACAGUGCUGUGUGUUGAUCACGUGAGGAACUGUGCAGAUUAUGGUCAACAAACCUGUAAUGAUCCAAAAUACGCUGGUUGGGUAAAAGACAACUGUGCUAAAACAUGCAACAAAUGUGCAUAUUUAACAGGAACAAGUAACGGUGGCACCGGAUUUAUUCCAGUGUAUACUCCAGACGGACACGUAUACACUGGUAGCAAAUACACAAACGCUGGAACCCACUAUCCAGGUGGAACCAUGACAGGUACUGGAGGAUCAGGGACAGGAACAUUUACAGGCACAGGAACGGGUACUGGAACGGGUACCGGAACGGGAACAGGUACUGGUGGUACCUUCACAGGAACAGGUACAGGGGGAACAGGUACAGGAAUGGGAACAGGUACUGGAAUGGGAACAGGUUCUGGUGGUUCCUUCACAGGAACGGGAACAGGAAUGGGAUCGUGUGUAGACAAACAAGGUGUGAACUGUGCUUCCUAUGGAAAGACCGUAUGUACUGAUAGUAAAUACACCGGAUGGGUGCAAGACAAUUGUUGUGCAUAUUGUGCAACCAGUGGAAUGACAGGUGGUGGUACUAUGGUAAACACUGGAACUGGAACUGGAACUGGAACUGGAGCGGGUCAUGUUGGUCAAUCUACAGGUUGUGUAUAUAAUAAUCAAGUUUAUCAGCAAGGUCAGACAUGGAAAGAUGGAUGUAAAUACAAGUGUACAUGUACCAACGCAUCAACAGGAAUGUACAACUGUCAAUCUUUGUGUGUACAGUUUAACUUGCCUAGUGUAUGUACAAUGAAACAACCAGCAGCAGGAAUGUGUUGUCAAACUCCCAAUUGUCCCCCAACCGUACAGAUUCAGUAUCCUCCUGGAUAUACCCCACAAUAACAAGGACACAUAAAUAGAUCAUUAAAUGUUUAAUUUUUUUAUACUUACUUUUCAUUCAAAUCAACAACAAAAAUAAAAGUCCGAAUAGUUCUACCAAAUCAGGCCAAGGACAUAUAUGCCUAUGGGUAGAAAACAUAUCAGUGUUUUGAAUUAUUUUAAUGUUUUGUUAAUAAUAAAUUUACUAUAUCAAUGAUG